AUGGGAGGUGAGCACGGGGGAGGGGUCCGGGCUAAACGGGGGGCGGGGCCCGCGGGUCGAUGCCCCACCCCCCGGUCACAGCCUGACCGCCGGGGGAAAAGCCUCUGGGCGGAGGAGGUGCUUUCAAAACAAAGAAAUGCGGCGUGGAACCUGAGGGACUGGGGUGGUGAGGAAGGCGGAGGAGGUGCGGCUGAGGCCGUCCGGCCGCCCGCUUCCCCUCCAGUCAGCCCGGAGGAGCUCCCCCCACCGCCUGCCCGGGCUGCGGUGCCGGAGAAGAGGGAGGAGGCUGCGUUAGGCGGCUGUUUUCCAGUUCACUUUUGCAGACCAAGGCGGAGAAGAAGAGCACCAGCUCCGCUGCCCCUCUUGGCUGCUGCGCACUCAGCCCCGAGCCCCGCGUGCGCUCUGUCUCGGAUACCGAGCCAGCCAAAGUGUCCGGAAACGCGCAGAGCGCUCAGAACCUGUCCCGCAGCUGUGCGACGCGCGUCUCGAGCUGGCCGCUGCCGCCCCGCCCUCGUGCUCCUUCAGCCCUGCGGGCGGAGAAGCCGGCCCGCCCGCCGGCGCAGAGCUGGGGAACUUGAACUGGCCCCAGCGGCCGCUCUGCCGAGAUCCCGCUCCAAGCCCGGGGGUGCUCCGGCUCGGGGUAGAGGGCACACCCGGGAAGUGGAUUUAGCAAACACACCUUUGUACAGACAGAAUCGCUGAACUGGAAAGUUAAAGAUGACAAAACUCAUACCCCCAGACAGGGU